AUGACGGUCAAUCCGGAAAACCUGGAAAGAGAGAGGCAAGGCAGAGGCAAUGCCAGGGAGCAUGCGGCCUGCUACGGCACAGACAACGCGGUCAAAACCAUCCAAGCCAGAUUCCCUAAAGCGGUUGCCAGGCUGGAAGCGCACAGCGUUUGGUUCCUCAUGGCGACCCCGAUAUACAACCGUGCAUUUGACAUGUGCGGGUGUUUGCUACCCUCUCGAGAAGUACAGAGGACGGCUGUCUAUAACCAGUAUCGUCCUUCCUUCGUUAUUGAGGCCGGAUGGUCAGAUUCCCACAGACGACUUAUAGAGGACAAGCGUGUCUGGAUGGUUGGGGAUCGUCCAUAUGUCAGAAUCACCCUCAUCGUCAAGUUUACUCAGAAUGAUAGGACCAAUCUGGCACAUGAAUGCCAUUUCCACUGGAUGAGAGAAGUAGAAUUUGCCUGGCGAGAGCAAAGCCUCGGUUCACGAGCACAGGGCAAGAACGGUUCGCUGGCUGCUGACGUGAACAUUUAUACCAAUGCCAAUGCUAGGUCUACCGCUGUGCUCACAACCAAGACCAAGAUAGUCUCAGAGUCUGGCAUGAUUGCCGGUGCGAAAAGGUCACUGGCUGAAUGCCUUGAUACCGACGAACUCCAUUCAGAAGUCCUGUACGAUAACAUGUAUACCAGCAACGACGAAGGUCUUGGAAUAGUCAGGGAACAAGCAAGAAUACCUGCACUAGAGACCAAGCUCGAAUGUUUGGAGAGACGGCUCAACAAGUCGGACGACAAGUUCGAGGAGAUGGUGGACCGUUUCAGCGAACUCCACAACGCAUUCAAUCGGCUAGCGCAACAGACAGACGUGAGGUUUCCCAGCCUUGGGAUCAAACCCUAUACUAAGACUUUCUUCACAGUUACUCGACGACCGUUGCAUGUCGUCCCUUUCCCUCGCGACGGAACCCGCGAACAAUACGAGGUUUGGUCGCUAGCUUUCAACGACCCCAUACGACGCUCAAAAAAGACAUCUUGGGCUUGUCCCGUCGUGAGGGAAAGGGGAGAACCAAAGAAAAAAACCGCACAUGGCAGACAACACCUGCAUAUUGAAUGGUCAGCUAAUGAGUCCCAUGGGGAGGGGGUCCGUUGCCCUUCUGCAACGGAUAUGGCGCCUCUGGCGUCAAGUGUCUGCGUUGUAAAGGGCUUCAUUAGCCUUGUCAGUCGCGCAGUUAUUGAUCAUUUCUUUCUUUUGAAGUUCCCUGCUGCCGCGCUCCCCGAAGCGCAGGCCGUUGUUGCCGCCCAGCUUUCGCUGGAAGUGGCCCAUCCUAAUGCUGCUGACCUUGCCUGUGAGGCCGUUAGUCAAGCGGCCUGGGCCUUUAGGGCUCGGGUCCGCGCAGUUGGCGGGCCUCUGCCCCAUGGUGCGCCCCCUAGCCUCCACGCCUGCUUGGCCUCCGUCUCUAACCCCAUCCUUCGGGACAGCAUGUGGCUCUCCAGCUCCGGCUGA